AUGGUCAGUAGACUCCUGAGGACGCACACACCCGACCUUGGCGACCAUGAAGAUCGAGCGCUGUCCGAGAUUUUCGGAGAAGGCGGCAUCAUUCGUCAAAUGUUAGAACGCCUCCACAAUCUGCUGCAGUUUGUCGACAAUGCAAUACAUAUGGCAACGGUCAGGAGGCGUGAAAUGCUUGCGGAUCCUGUUUUGCCAAACUCGGUUGUGGAUGAGGCGCAGAAUCUUGCAGAAGACAUGAAGGCCGUUGGCAUUCUUCAAGAAAAGCAUGGCGUGCUCAAAACGGCAAAAUUGCUGUUUGAGGCGCCACCAUCGGAUGAGAUGCCAGAAGAUGCAGCGAAGAAUCUUCAAAUUGCGCAGAUGUUGAUGUGGUUGAAGGAGUUCGAAAGUCCUGAGGCUCUCCGUAAAAUACUUACCGACCAUCCAGGUUUUGUUAAAGGGAGUGAGGAUGAUCAGUUCGUAGAGGGUGUCGUAGACUUCUUUCGAGCGUACCAUGCCAAUUUUCGAGCACCAGAGUCGUAG